GUGCCGUGGAAAACGCGGUCGAUAAACAUACCCACCGGAUGAUUAUAAUGUGAAUUAAUGAACGCCGUUGGAGUAACCGCGUGUCUAUAUUUGAACGGGCCGCCGUCGAGAACAAAGCGAACGGGCAGAGUUUACAAUGAAACGGCGCGAAAGGAGCAGUGGUCGUCGUCGCGUUAUGGUUUAGAAACCGGCUGCUGUUGAAGGAAACGCGCGUUUGUCUGUACUUUUUAAUGUACAGCCCAACCCAUUACAGCGUGUCGUGUAAAUGAGAAAUAUUCGACCAUCGAAACUCGAUUUUCAUCGCACAGUUAUGCGCGUCGCGUGGAAACAUCGAUGACGAUGAUUAUUACUCUUAAAAUAAUAAAAAGCGUCCGGCCCAGAACGACCGAAACAACACACACGUCCCAGUUGUUGUUUUCACAUUGGACGCGUCAAUCGGAGCGGAUUUAAUUUCGAUUUUCGAUCGCCCGCAAAUUACUAUAGUAGUCUGUUAUGCUAAUGUGUUUAAACGUAGAAUAAUAUUAUGGUAAUUUUCAAUGGAUUUUGUUUUCGUCCGAUAAAAGCACACGGAGAGAGAGAGAGAGAGACGGACGAGAACCGAAUCGUGUUAAUUUCUCCGGCCGGUACUCUAUUACGUCCAAGCGCAAGCCGUUCGGCUUAUUUACGCGCACAAAAAUUGCCAUCGUGCAAUACACAAAGAGUAAUAUGACAGUAAUUAAGAGCAGACGCGUAUAGGAUAUCCUGUAAAACACUUAUUUGAGGCGUGCGAAAACUAGGUGUAUUAGAGUCUACACGCGGUAGGUUCGCAGGGAGAGACGGGCGGCAACAAACCGGUUGGGUUUUCGGGCGCGCUAAAUCGCCGAGGGCCUCGCGACGGUAUCACGAUAAAACGAGAGUUGUUUAUUUCCAUUAGAAAGAACCCGUUUCUUGGCCGUUUCAUCUCUCUUUCGACAAAUCCAACACAAGUUUUUCUACUCGAUUAGUAUUGUGGUAGUUUUCGCUCGGAACUGUAGUGUGUGUAAAGUUCGGGUUCGUUCCGGCCGUCGCUGCCGAAAUAUCUGUUUACCAUUAUCGUUUUUUUUUUUUUUUUUUUUUUCACAACAAAACUGUAGUACCUUUUAAUAAUCGCACGGAAUUUCCGUUUUCCGAUCGACCCAAGUGAAUGGCUACUGUUGAUGAAACUGUUAUUUGUCUGUCUACGUAUCGGAAAGGACCUUGAACUUGGUAGUUUUGGUCGUUGACAACGUAAAAAUAGAUACGAAGAUGAAUUGCACACGGUAUAAAUUAACAACGAAAACGACGAUUCGGAUAUUCACCAACGGCUUAUUACUGUUGGCCGUUUUUGAGUUGUUCACCUCCGUCGUCACGGGGACACUAGCAGAUCCUGUUUCGCCGUCUCAAGUGGCGGCAGCCGUCGAAGCGGCCGUUUCUUCGGCUACGACAGCAGAAUCGGACGUAAAUGCAUCGCCCACUCCGGCCACAUCACAACAGGAAAGUGACGCUAAACAGCAAUUGUUAUUGGCACCUUUGGUGUUGACUCAAAACGGAGAAAUGUUGCCUUUGAGAAGCGAUUCGGAUUCUCCACGGGAUGACGUUCCACUACAGGAUACGGCGAGCCUAACUUCUCGGCCGCCACCGGUAACCCCGCGGGGGCCGGCUGUAAUAGUCGAGAUAAUAGCAUCGCCAAGCACCUCCGAACAGCACAUCGAAAUUAUGGCUAGCGACUCUCAAUUUCAACCUCAAAACUAUUUGAGCGAUACGUCGAAUUAUUUGUACUAUCCCGUUCAACAAGAUCAACAGCAGCCAGUAAAUUUAGUCAACCCGACUCCGACGGAACAGGUGGACAAUAAGCAAAAUGUCCAACAACAGCAACAGCCAGGUAGUGUGAUAGACGAUCGGAUAAACUCGACACCGUCUCAUCCAGAGCAACCGUUAUCGCUACAACAAUACCAUUAUCAUAACAGUAACGAAAACAAUCAAAGUGUCGUCAAUGCGGAAAUACAAACGCAGCAAGUUCAAUCGGCAGCUCAAGGGCAGUUACAGUUGAUGUUACAACGAGAGCAAUUGCCGUUUCCACAACAAUCACAGACACAACCCCAGCAAUAUCAACAAGUUGAGAUUCAACAACAAUUAGAAGUGCAGCAACAACAAUCCCAGCAGCAACAACAACCCCAGCAAUACCAACAAGUUCCGAUUGAACAACAAUUAGGAGUGCAGCAACAGCAAUCCCAGCAACCUCAACACAUCCAACCUCAGCAAUCGGCUCAACAAAGUAAUUACUACAAUCAAUACGGUAACCAACAACAACAGAGUAUGCUUAUGGCGGCUUCAACUGCAGUGCACCCCCAGUACUACAAGUAUUACCCGCAACACAAUAUCGGUUUCCGUAAUAACCCGUCGUCGCCUAGCGAUUACCGGACUGUGUACAGGAAACGCAAAACCAGGCAGUAUUCUCAACAUUCGCCGCCCAAAGACAGUUAUGCCGAAGGAACGGUUCAGUCGGAUAACUCGAUUGGCCACGAAGAGGUGAAUCGCGAAGGUAACAUUUUGCCCAAACACCAUACGCUGCCUCCGUUUCGGCCUAGUCACCCGUUAUGGGCAUCCCAAUAUCCGGUGCCGUGGCUGUACUAUGUAAAGUCCACGUUAGAAAUACCCAAAUCCGUCACACAGCAGCAACAACUUCCGCUGCAGUAUCCAUACAGAAACGUCUUGAUACCGCAUAACAGAAAAUCCAGAGCGUAUCAGUCCAAAAGAUCUCGGUACAGUCCCAACAGCCCGUCCACCCGCAGAGACGCCACCAUUCCGGACCCGACCAAAAAAGUAGUUUAUAUCGAAUACGGUGGUUUUAAACCCAAGAUGGUUCCUUCGGUCGAAGUUCGGUUGUUUGAAAACGGCGGCGAGGAGAUGGCUUACGAGAACGCCCAACCCGCAGUGAUCGGAGAUUCUCAGGAAGCUUACGACAGCAGCGUCAAGUUCGCCGUCCAAAGUCAUGACCAAACGUCUACUGGCGGUCCGAGCUCUCUCUCGUCCCUAGUGACUGAAGCUAACGGUAACGCAGUUAAAGAGAAUUCGGUGACCACGGUAUUAUCCACCACGGCGGUCACGGAGAUCGAAAAAAUAUCCAACACCACAACCAGCAGCAGUACUAUUUUAUAUAGUAACAACUCAAAAAUCAAUGGCACUGCUACAACUCCAAACACGUUGACAUCGACACAGUCUUUGGUAAUUGUCGUUUAACUUCAUGAAAAAUUAUUUGAUUUAUUUUGGUGUCAUCAAAGUAGACUUAAAUAUUUUCAAAUCGAUGCAAAACUUUUACAUUGAAUCAAUCGUGCCAAAUAAUUUAUUGCUUAUGACCGACUCGUAUUUAUGAAAAAAUAUCGAUUUUCAAGUAAAAUCAAAAACAAAUUUACUUUGAUUAUAUAACUAUAAGUCGGUAUUAAAUUAAUUUAUUAUUGUAAAUUAUUGUUAAUCUAUUAUUACAUUUAUGAUUUAAAACUAAGAGUAUAUUUGUAAGAACCGUACAAAUAUCAAUUAUACUUGAGAAUUACUAUAAAGUGAUUAAAUACUACUUACUAUGUUAUAUUUGUAAAUUUAUGGGUACUAAUAUUAUAAAUUUAAA